AUGAAGACUUCCAUCUCUCUACCAAUAUUCAUCUUUCUUCUUUAUACCCUUCUUCUCUCAUUCACCCACUGCUCCGUCUUGGCUCACAAGAACACCCCCUUCGUAGACAAAAUCUGCAAGCAGACCCCUUAUCAUGCUCUCUGCCUCAAGACUCUCCUCUCAGACCCUCGCAGUGCCGGAGCUGAUGUGAGAGGCCUCGCCAUUAUUAUGGUGGAUGUGAUAAAGAGGGACACGGUCAGCAUCCUGAGCCGCAUCAAUGAGCUGCUGAAGAAGGGCGGCACAGACCCGCAUACACGCGGCGCCUUGCUUGAUUGUAUUGAUAAGUAUAACGCAGUGCUGAAGGGUGACGUCCCGGAAGCCAUGGAAGCUUUGGAGAAAGGUGAUUACAAGUUUGCAGAGCAAGGUGCAACAGACGCUUCAUUAGAGGCCAGGGUAUGUGAAGAGAAUUUUGAGACUUCGCCCAUAACUAAUAUGAACAAACUGGUCCACCAUGUUUCUCUUGUGGCUGCCUCCAUUGUCAGGAUGUUGUUAUAA